CGGCUCCGGGUCCGGUGGUCUCUCCAGGUCUCGGCUUCCGCAGCGCAGCGCCUCGCAGUCGCCCCGGGCCCGGACAGCUUCCCGGACCAUGGCCACCCUCGAGCGCACCUUCAUCGCCAUCAAGCCGGACGGCGUGCAGCGCGGCCUGGUGGGCGAGAUCAUCAAGCGCUUCGAGCAGAAGGGAUUCCGCCUGGUGGCCAUGAAGUUCCUGCGGGCCUCGGAGGAACACCUGAAGCAGCACUACAAUGACCUGAAAGACCGCCCUUUCUUCCCUGGGCUGGUUAAGUACAUGAACUCAGGGCCAGUUGUGGCCAUGGUCUGGGAGGGGCUGAAUGUGGUAAAGACGGGCCGAGUGAUGCUUGGGGAGACCAAUCCAGCGGAUUCUAAGCCAGGCACCAUUCGUGGGGACUUCUGCAUUCAAGUUGGCAGGAACAUCAUUCAUGGCAGUGAUUCAGUAAAAAGUGCUGAAAAAGAAAUCAGCCUAUGGUUUAAGCCUGAAGAAUUGGUUGACUACAAGUCUUGUGCUUAUGACUGGGUCUAUGAAUGAGGUGGACAAAGCAACAGUCCCCUUCAACACCACUUGAUGUGUCCCUGGACACAGCUCUUCAUUCCACUGACUUGGAAGCAAUGGAUCCAUCAUUCUUUUCUAAAGCAUAUUUACAAUAAAUCCCUUGGAAACUGG